CUUCCAGGCAGGAGAGGGACUGGUCAUUUCACUAAAGGCCACUCGGCCUUGCUGUUCGAUGUCCCACGAUUUAGAGAAGUCUCCGGGGCUAGGCAAUCCUUCCCUGCAGCCCACUAACUAUUGACACAGACUCCUCCCUGGAAUUUGCAACCUAGAAAGGGACAAGUUGGAAGCCCUGGUCACAUGUGCCACAUUCCAGGAAAGCCUCUCAGAUUUUUCAAGGGAGCCAUUGACAGCACGCUCUGGAAGGGAACCGAGAAGAAGACAGGCUGGAGACUGUCAGAACUCCUUCCUGACACUGCCUCUCACAUGCUCUCCACGCAUACACUCUAUCCCUGUGCAUCUCUAGCGGCUGUCAUGGAAACCAGCAACGCUGUGGCACUUGGAGUGAGGUAAAGGGCAGUCAACAUCCAGCUACUUCUUGGAGGCCAGGCUGUCCUCACCUUCCUUUCUGUCAGAAUCUUCUCCCACGUUUCUGUUUCUGCGAAGGAGUCACUGUGCACCAAGGAAUCUCAAGAUUAUGCCUCCUGGGACCGACAGUCCCAUCCUGCCACCAUCAUGCUAUGCAGAUCCAAGACCAGCCAGGCUUCCCUGGUACCCAAGGAACAGCAGAUGUUUAUGGAGGAGGCCUACAAUUCAGCCAUCUGUUUCAAGAUGCUGCGGGACAUAGGCACCUCAGACCCUCUGCAACUAAAGUACAUCAUCAAGAAGAUGAAGAAGAUGGCUCAGAGGUCCCCCAGCUUGGUGAUGGAAAGCAUCCAAGACUACUUCAAAGACAACCCAGAGAUCUCCAACAGGCACAGGUUCCGACUCUUCCAGGCCCUGCAGGCCGUCAUUGGAGCCCGCGAUGUCUUGGAAGAGGCCUGGCAGAAGUACUUCAUGCAGUUAGCCCUGGAGCACAUGACCAAGUCCACGGAACUGGAUGAUAUAUACCAGGAUGCAGCCAGCAAUGUGUUACUGGCCCUCUGCCGGCAUUCGUGGCCAGCAGUGGCCAAGCACUUGGAGACGGAGCUCCUGACGGGUGUCUUCCCACACCGCAGCCUGUUGUAUGUGAUGGGCAUCCUGACCUCCCAAGAGGAGCUGCUCAGGAAAGAAGACAGAGAGAACUGGAAAGAUCUUCUGUCCCAGAUGGCCAGAAAGUCGGUGCCAUUCCUGAACACAGAUGUGUGGUCCAAGGAAUUGCUGUGGACCCUUACCAAGUCUGACCAGAUGCAGCAAGCACACACCCCAGAGAAGGACUUCCUGUUCGCCUACUAUGGGCUAAUCCUUCAAGCUGAGGAGAACAGCACCACCGUCAGGACACACCUCAAAACCCUCUUGGAAACAUCUCACCAGUGGCCCAAGCAGCGGGAGGGCAUUGCUCUCACGGUGGGACUGACUGCGGUACGCCACUUGGACGAUGCCUGGGCCAUCCUAGAACAGUUUGGACGGAGCACGUCCGUCAAGUGGAGCCUGCAGAACUUCUCCCUGAAGAGCCUCGAGGACCUUCGGUGGAAAUGGGCUGGCAGCACCAUCCUCCUCUCCUACGGCCAGAUGGCAGCCAAGGCCAAGAGCCACAUCCUGCCAUGGGUGGACAAUAUCUUGUCCAGGAUGAUCUUCUACUUCCGCUUCAGCUCCUGGGAUGAGACCCUGAAACAAAGCUUCCUAACGGCCAUCACGAUGCUUAUGGGAGCCAUCAGCCGGAGUGAGGGCGCCCACAGCUAUGAGUUCUCCCAGACUAGCGAGCUCCUGGAAUGUCUGAUGAUACUGAUGGAGAAAGAGCCACAAGACACACUGUUCACCAGCAUCCGCCAGCAGGUCAUCCACAUUGUCUCCAGCCUCUGCCCACUGAGACCACCCAUGGAUGUGGACAGGAAGUCCCGGCUCCUCUCCAUCUGCUUCCGCAGCAUCUUUGCCCUGCCACUGCUGGAUGCCCUGGAGAAGCACACCUGCCUCUUCCUGGAACCACCCAACAUCCAGGGACUGUACAACCAGACCAUGGAGGCGAUGGACCACAUGCUACGGUGCUUCAUGAUGCAGAACCCCACAGCCAAUGAGCUGUACUUCCUGUUGUCGCACCUGUAUGUCUGGCUGGCGUCAGAGAAGGCUCACGAGCGACAACGGGCUGUGCACAGAUGCACAAUCCUCUUCAAAUUCCUGAACUAUAAACGCUGCCUAGACAUCAAGGAACCCUUCAGAAGGCUGGGGCAGCUGGUGGCCAUGCUGGGGAUCCUGUGCCAGGACGCAGACAAAACCAUCCAGUGCUUCAGUUUAGAAGCCAUGGGCCAUCUCUAUCAGCUUCUGAUAUACCAUAAAGCAGGAGAAGUUCCAGAGAUGGAGAGGGAGACCCCUCUAGAACUCUCUCAGCCUGAUGCCAUUGGAGCUGCCCUCUGGAGCAGUGGAGACCAGAAGGACACUCUUCUGAUCCCCCAGGAUAUGGCAUCCAAAAAUGACAGCAUCUUCUUCAUGGGCAGCAACCAAGUUAUAAAGGAGAUCACGGGUCAUCUUGAAAUGGCAGAGCUGACUGACCUCAUCUGGACAACCAUCGAUGGUUUGGGCUCUACCAGCUCUUCCUGGGUGCAGGCAUCUGCCAAUAUGCUUUUCCUUGUCGUCCAGGAGCAUGGGGACAACCUGGCAACUGUGGGUAAAAUGGGCCAGGCCAUCCACCACCACCUCUGUGCCAUCCAACUGCCCCAAGCCAAGAACAAUGCCCUGCGUGUCAUCACCCUCCUGGCCCGGAACCACAUCCCAGAGCUGGUGGCUGCCUUCCUGGACUUGUCCACUCCCCUGGACAGCCAUGCCUUUUGCCUGUGGAAGGCCCUGGGAGCUGAAGAGCCUGCAAGUUAUUUGGUUCUGACUGUGCUGAUGGCUUGGCUGCAGAAGAGGCCUCUGCCCUCUGGUGCCAGCGACAGCAGUUCCUGUCCCGAGGAGAAGCCUUACUUGCGUUCACUGGCUGCCAUGUACACAAUUCACGAGCUACAGUUCGCCAGAGAGUUCAAGAAAGCCGUGCGGGAUGCCUUUCCCCAGCUGUUCCUGGCCCUUCUGGCACAAAUGCAUUAUAUCCUGGAGCUGGACCAACCCACAGAGCCUGAGCAAGAGCAGAAAGCCCAAGAAGCAACCAUGCCAAGUCCUCAGAGCACGUCACUGGAGGCCCUGAAGAGUCUGCUGUCCACCACGGGACACUGGCAUGACUUUGCUCACCUGGAACUGCAGAGUGCCUGGGGGCACUUCACAUCCAUCAACACCUACCCCCAGGCCGUGGGCCUCCUUGCCAGGGCCAUGGUGCAGAAUCACUGCAAACAGAUCAAGGCAGUUCUCAGCUACUUAUUGCCCGGCCUGCAGAGCCAGCAGGAGCGAGAAAGGAAGACAGCCAUCCUGGUCCUCAUUGAGUUCCUCUAUAGCCCUGCCCUGUUGGAGGUGAUUUCUAAACAGACUGCCCUGACUGUACUGGCCCAAAGCCUCCAGGACACCAGCCCUGAGAUCCGUGUGGCCAGCCUGCAGGGCCUUGGAAACAUACUCUUCCACGAGGAGAAGGAAACCCUGCUCAGAGGUCAACUGCCAGCUUUCCUCAAUGGCUUCUUCCAGAACAACGAGGCGGCGGUGGUGGGCAUUAUGGGCGUGGUAUCAGACGUACUGCACCGCCUGGGCACAGAGGGCGCAGGUGCCCAGAGUCUCUGCAUCUCCAUCAACACCCGCUACUUCUUUGAUGACGAGCGGGACAAUGUCCGAGCAGCAGCAAUGGCACUGUUUGGGGACCUGGUGGCAACGAUAGCAGACAAGGAGCUGAGUGGCCUGCGGCCCCAGGUGUGCCUAAGUAUGGUACCUCUGCUUCUACACCUGAAGGACCAAUGCCCAGCCGUUGUCACGCAGGCCAAGUUCACUUUCUACCGCUGUGCCGUACUGCUCCGCUGGCAGCCACGGCACACCCUGUUCUGCACACUGGCCUGGGAGAGUGGCCUCAGCGCCCGCCACUUCCUCUGGACCUGUCUGAUGACACACAGCCAGGAGGAGUUUAGCAUCCACUUGUCGCAGGCCAUCAACUAUCUGCACAGCCAUCACCGCCACAUCAAGACCUGGGCAGCUCUGUUUAUAGGAUAUACCACCUGCUACCAACCCCAGGCCGUGUCACAGAUGGUAAACGACAUGGACACCAGGCUGCUAUUCUCCACUUUUAAAGAACUCAAAAAAGACCCGGAACCUGGCAUCCGGGAAUUUGCCACCAGACAGCUCGCGUUCCUUCGGGAGGUGUCAGUCGAAUCCAAGAAGUGACUUUGAGCCAUUCUUCCUCCACAUCUACCCCGGGACAGCCCUGCCCCAACCCUGUCCAUAGAGCUGGGUUGUGUAACAUUUUUCCAUUUGAAAGAAAAAUCUAGAUUUAACAACAACAACAAAAAAAGCGUAGUAGCUGCCGGCUUCCUGCCUGCCACAAGGACCCUCUGCGGUGGCCAAGCCAAGUCCUUAGAGGAUACUAGCAAGAUUCAGAGGCACAGACAGGGACAGACAAGGAGGGGCGGGGCAGACCAACUCGAAGGUCUGUGAUAGACUCUACUAAUGACUGCUCAGGGGUGGAAUCAACUCCACGUGACCAGAGCCGAGGCCAUAGUGCCCACAGCUGAGCGUGGUCAUUCUCUGGGAGUGGGGCCUGAGAGGAAAGUCUCCAGUGUCCCCAGCUGAGAGCUCCACAGGGCAUGUGGAGCAGGUGGAAGGGAAGGGUACCCCAGCAGGCUUCCCUAUCCCAAGGCAGCGUCUUCCUCCAGCAAGGCAGUCAGCCUCAGCUGUAG